UUCCUUCUCUCUCGCGGUCUCGCCAGAGGAGAGGAAGGAGGCUCCAUUCAUUCUUCCACAAAAAAAAACUCUCUCUCUCACCUCGGACUCCAACAGCACGCUUUCCUCUCGCUAGAGUGAGUAGCGAGCUCCUCUUAGCCACUCUUAAACCCUAGAGAGCUGCCAUCUGGAGCUGCACGCGCGCCGUUUGAGCAAACGCGAAGCGGCGUCUAGCCCGUACGUGUCCGGCAAUGUCGACGACGUUCAUGCCCCCGGCGCCGCCGGCGCCAACUCCACCGGCGCUCCUGGUGCCGGUGGCGUACGCCACCGGAGGCGGCGCGCCCGUGGGAGCGGCAGGGAGAGGGUCGUCGUACGGCCCGGUGAUCGCCAUGCUAGCCGUCGUGGCCGUGCUGGCGGCCGCCGCGGUGGCCGUGGGCCGGCUCUGCUUCGGGCGCCGGGCGCAGGGCCACGCCGGGGGCGCACACGACCUGGAGGCCUGGGUGGAGCGCACCUGCGGGCCCUGCGUCGGCGCCACCGCGCUAGCCGCCGAGGAAAGCAGGGAGGACGGAGGCGAUGCUGCUGCCGCGGCGGCGGCGAUGGAGCCGGAGGGAACAGAGCGAGGCGAGAGUACUACCAGUAGUGCUUAGCGUGGCGUACGUGCUGAUACGAGCCUUUGUAAAUUGUUGUCUCCUCAUCAGAACAUGAAACACGCAUGUCCUGCAAGUUGGUGUCGGAAUUUUUUUGGAAUAGCUAAAUCCGUG